AUGAGCCAAUCCGAUCGUCACACGACUUCACGCCGCGACUUCCUGAACACCACGGGUAAAGUGGCUGCGGCAUCGACCAUUCUUGCCGCCUCGGCCAAGUCUGUGCAUGCCGGCGAAGACAACACCAUUCAAGUCGCGCUGGUUGGUUGUGGUGGACGUGGUAGUGGAGCGGCUUCGAACGCCCUUUCGGUCGAGAACGGACCGAUCAAGUUGGUGGCGAUGGCCGACGUGUUCCAAGAUCGGCUCGAUAGCUCGUUCGGUUCGCUUAGCUCGAAGUUCGCCGACAAGAUGGACGUGCCUGAGGAGCGGAAGUUCAUCGGGUUCGACGCUUAUCAAAAAGCGAUGGACUGUCUGAACCCGGGCGACGUGGUGAUCUUUGCCACGCCGCCGGCGUUCCGUUGGGUGCACUUUCAAUACGCCAUCGAUAAGGGUUUGAACGUCUUCAUGGAGAAGCCGGUCACGGUCGAUGGCCCGACUUCGCGCCGGAUGUUCGAGCUGGGUGAAGCCUCGGUGGCCAAGAACCUGAAGGUGGGCGUGGGCCUGAUGUGCCGUCACUGCGAUGCUCGUAAGGAACUUUACGAUCGCAUUCAGAAUGGCGAGAUCGGCGAUAUUCUCGAACUGCGGGCCUACCGCGAAGCCGGCCCGACGGGCACGGCGGCCACGGGACCUCGGCCUGAGGGCGUCGAUGAGUUGGAAUACCAGAUCCGCAACUUCCACGCAUUCCUGUGGGCCAGCGGCGGUGCCUUCAGCGACUUCCUGAUUCACAACAUCGACGAAUCUUGCUGGAUGAAGAACGCCUGGCCGGUGAAAGCCGACGGUACCGGCGGACGUCAUUACCGCGGGGAUGACAUCGAUCAGAACUUCGAUGCCUACUCGGUCGAGUACACGUUUGACGAUGGUACGAAGCUGUUCUUGCGUGGUCGCACGAUAGCUGGUUGCCACCAGGAGUUCGCCAGCUAUGCCCACGGUACGAAGGGGGCGGGCGUGAUUUCGACGGCGGCUCACACUCCGGCCAAGUGCCGCAUUUACAACGGUCACAAGAUGACCAAGAAGAAUCUGGCCUGGGCCUUCCCGCAGCCGGAACCCAAUCCUUAUCAGCUGGAAUGGGAUCACCUGAUCGACGCCAUCCGCGAGGACAAGUCGUACAACGAGGUGAAGCGUGGCGUGGAGGCGAGCCUGGUCACGUCGAUGGGCCGCAUGGCUGCUCACACCGGUCAGAUCAUCACCUACGACGACAUCCUCAACGGCGAUCACGAGUUCGCCCCCGAGGUGGACAAGCUCACGCUAAAUGGCCCCGCCCCGCUGCAACUGGCCGCCAACGGCAAGUACGCCAUACCGCUGCCGGGUAUUAACAGCACCCGCGAUGAUCGAGAACCGGUGGUACCCAGUGAUUUGGCACGACCUGUCUCGAUUGACCGACAUUCACUUCGGCGACGUGAUCGGGAGAGGUUUUGGGUAGCUGAUCGUGAACGUCUUCAAGCGAGAUACUGCGACAAAAUCAGCAUCGCCAGCCGAGCACCGAUGCUUCUCACGACUCUGACGAGAAUCUACGGACCCCGUAGCGCAAGUUGGAUGAGCUGGGGUGGGUUAGCCGCUCAAGACUUUGUUGGCGGCUUCGGCUCCGUAGACGGGGAGGUUGUCGGCAGGGAGAAGGCCGAUUUGCUUGAGGACGGAGGCCUGGUCCCAAUAGAUGUGCUCGUGGGCGAGUUUGUUGUCGCGGAAGUGGACGACGACCACGAUGGCGAUCUUCACCUUCUUGCCGGUGGGGGCAAUGCCGGGCAGCAUCCAGUCGAUUUGCGUUGUGUGGGUGAACUCGCUGACGAGUUCGUCGACGAGUUGAUCGUGCCCUACUGUGCGAGAGACUUGCACCGUUGUCAUGUCGGGCGGCAGACAGUGCACGAAGUGUUGCCCGUAGAAUCGGCGGAGUGCCUCGCGUCCGUGUCCGCCGGCCAUGGUCGGGAUGUGAUUGACGUAGGCGUCGUCGACCAUCGUCCCGACGGUGAGGUUCUCGUCGUUCGCUUCGAACUCGUAGGCGAGGGGGAGGAGUUUUUUCGCGAUGCGCGGGAGUAUUACCGUUGCCCAGAGUGUGGGUUGGUGUUUGUGCCGGAGCGGUGGUUCUUGAGUGAGGCGGAGGAGCGGGCGGUUUACGACAUGCACCAGAACGGGCCGGAGGACGCGGGGUAUCGGAAGUUCUUGGGUCGCUUGUUCGAGCCGGUGUGUGAACGGAUUGCCGCGGGGAGCCGGGGGUUGGACUUUGGCUCGGGGCCGGGGCCGACGCUGUCGGUGAUGUUCGCAGAGGCGAGGCAUGCGGUGCGGAUUUAUGACCCGUUCUAUGCGGACGAUGCCUCGGUGUUCGACGCGCAGUUCGACUUCAUCACGGCCUCGGAGGUGAUUGAGCAUUUGCGGCGACCGCGGGAGGAACUUCGUCGGCUGUGGAAAUGCCUGAAGCCGGGCGGCUGGUUGGGCAUCAUGACCAAGCGGGUGAUCGACCGGGAGGCGUUCGCCACCUGGCACUAUAAGAGUGAUCCCACGCAUGUUUGUUUUUACUCGACCACUACGUUCGAGUGGCUGGCCGGGGAGUUGGAGGCCCGGUUGGAAGUGGUGGGGGAUGAUGUGGUGCUGUUGCAGAAGUUGGUGGAGAGCGAGUGA